AUGAGUUCCAAUGCAUCGCGCCGCCGUACCCGGGCUUUACUUCAAGCAUCCCCUGCAUCUCCUGCAUCGACGAGAUCAGGUCAAACAAGCUAUUCACAAUACACCUCCUACGAGUACUCGACCCGACCUCGUACUGCUAUCUCCACAAUCGGCGUAGAAUCCCGGCAGAUCAUCUGCGCUGUCAGUGAAUCUCGAGGUAUUGCUCCUACCGUCGGUCUUGCAUUUGUCAACCUGGAAACUGGUGAAGCUGUCCUCAGUCAGAUUCCAGACAGCCAGUCGUACGUCCGAACUUUGCAUAAAUUGGCAGUCUUCAGCCCCUCGCAGAUCUUGAUUGUGGAUACUGCCGCCCAACCAAAGUCGAAGCUCUUUUCGAUCAUUGAGGAGAACUUGGAUGAUUUGAACAGCAACUUGACUCUCCUCAAUCGACGUUAUUGGGCCGAGACCACCGGCAUUGAGUUCAUCGAACAAUAUGCCUUCGUCGAAGAUAUUGAAAGCAUCAAAAUGUCUGUCAACGGUAACUACUUCUCUGUUUGUUGCUUCGCUGCAACUCUAAAAUUCAUAGAGCUUGCUAUGAACAAAACCUUCCCGCCACACUCGCUGAGAAUCAAAUAUGAAGCGUCCGAAGGCUCCAUGAUGAUCGACCUUUCUACCAUUCGUUCGCUCGAGCUGAUCCAGAAUCUCCAGAAUCAAAAAUCGUCUGACUGCCUCUUCGGUGUCUUGAAUGAGACGUUGACGCCGAUGGGCUCGAGACUGCUACGCAGCAACGUCCUACAACCUCUCACCGAUGAACAGACUCUAGAGACUCGGUACGACGCUCUGGAAGAGUUAUCAACCAAGGAAGAGAUGUUCUUUGCGACAAGAGCAGCGAUGAAGGUGAUACUCGAUGCAGACAAGAUAUUGACUCAGCUCAUCAUCAUCCCGACCAAACCGUCUUUACAUUCUACCGAGCAAAGUAUCAACAACAUCAUCAUGCUCAAGCAGUUUGUGGGCGGCAUUCAGCCAAUUCAUGAGGCGUUGACAGGUGCAAAAAGCGUCAUGCUGAAGGAAAUCAAGCGUAACUGUAUUGCUGCCAUCAUCGACCCGGUCAAGGAUCUCAUCGACGAGUUCAUCAACGAGGAUAUCACGUAUGCGACGAAGCCAGUCGAGUUGCGUAACCAAAGAACAUACGCAGUAAAGUCAGGGGUCAAUGGUCUGCUUGAUGUCGCCAGGCAAACAUACAAAGAGGCCAACAUGGAUGUGUAUGAGCUCGUUCAAGAGUUAUCAGAGACGCACACCUUACCAUUGGAGCUCGUCUUUGACAACGCUAGGCAGUACUACCUCCGUCUCAACGCCUCCGAACUCGAAGAAAGAAACUUGCCGCCGGUGUUCAUCAACGUCAUACGCAAAAAGAACAAGAUCGAAUGCUCGACGUUGGAUCUGCGAAAACGAAGCCAAAAGAUAACUGACUCGCAUACUGAGGUAUUGUUGAUGAGCGACAAGGCCAUACAAGAGUUGAUCUCCGAGAUACGUGUCUACAUGUCGGUGCUCUUCAAAGUCUCGGAAAGUAUUGCCAUGUUGGAUAUGCUCUCCUCUUUCGCCCACAAUGUCACUCUACAGGACUAUACCCGGCCUAGGAUUACGCAUACCCUUGGAAUCAAGGCUGGUCGUCACCCAAUCAGGGACAAAGUACAAAAUAGCACAUUCAUCCCGAAUGAUGUCUUCGCGACUCAGCAGUCUAGAUUCCAGAUCAUCACCGGCUGCAACAUGAGUGGGAAGAGUACUUACAUUCGAUCCGUUGCCUUGUUGUCAGUAAUGGCUCAAAUUGGCUGCUUCGUGCCAGCUGAAUUUGGCUCUUUCCCCAUCAUCAAGCAGUUGUUUGCGAGAAUCUCCAUUGAUGACAGUAUCGAAGCCAACGUGUCAACCUUCGCAUCAGAGAUGAGAGAGACAGCAUUCAUCUUGAGAAAUGUUGACCGUCACAGCCUGGUGAUCAUCGACGAGCUCGGUCGAGGAACUAGUCCAAGAGAUGGACUUGCUAUAGCCUUGGCAAUUGCAGAAGCUAUGGUGUCAAGUCGAGCACUGGUGUGGUUCGCAACUCACUUUAGAGAUCUGGCAAAGAUCUUGGCUGAGCGCAAUGGUGUAGUCAACAAACAUCUGGCAGUUGACAUGUCUGAGGCCGACACGAUGGCUAUGCUGUACAGACUAACCGAUGGUGUUGUGUCCGAACAACAUUAUGGUUUGCAAUUGGCAAAAGUAAUGCCACUACCUCCCGAUGUCAUCGAGUAUGCGACAGAGGUGGCGGAGAAGCUUCAAAGACAAGUAGAAAGGAGGAAGAGAGCUUCCAAGGGCGUCAUCCUCAGUCGAAAGAGGAAGCUUAUCCUUGGUCUAAAGGAAGAGCUCAUGCACGCCUAUACCGGAGCGAUGGAAGGACCGGUCUUGCAGAGUUGGCUGAAAGAGCUUCAACGAGAGUUCGCAGUCCGAAUGACGGCCAUUGAUAAAGAGGCAGACGAGGCUGAUAACCAGAGUCUUGAUAUGGAGGAAGAUCUGACAACUUCAGAGGCUAUGACAAACGACACUGACUCGGUAGAAUAUCAGGGAGGUGACGAAGCCACUAGCAGUCACGAGGCGAAAUCCACUGUUCGAGAUGACAGUAAUAUGUCGGAUAGAUAUUGAUGAUG